AUGGCAGCGCGACGGGCUCCCCCAAAGGCCCGAGAGAUGGAUUUCGGAAAUGUAGGCGUGGCAGGAAGACGGACGGGAGUCACACUAGAAAAGGGGAAGCUCGAUGAACACGGCAUGGAAGAAAUAGAUGGGAUGUUCUCUUCGCCGGAGAAAUCGCCUGCAAGACACAACACAAACGGGUUUGCCAACGACACGAUAUUACAUUCUGAGGAUAUGGAAACAGGAGGCAGUAGUAGUAUUCCCGAACCCGCAGAUAUGUUUUCCAGCCGGCGAGCCGCACGCAAUUCUUACGUCCUUCCACCCAGAUCACGGUCCCCUAUCAAAACCCAUUUGAGUGGGUCUCCCCGCAGAACUCCGGGAAUACGCUCUUCACCAAUUCCCCAUAGCGACCAAAUAUCCAGUCCCUCUUCGCGUACUGUUGCCAAGAGGUCGCUCGACUUAUCCAUAUCGCAAACACAGUUGGGGAAAUCGCCUCUAAAACAAGUCCGAUCUACGUCCAUUCCCCCAGAGCUUGAAUCCCCAGCAGGCAGAGGAAGCGUUGGCGAGAUUGAUGACGUUGGUGAAACUGCAGAUUUCUCGGAUGAUGGGAAUUAUCUAGUGGAGGAAGCCGAAGAGGAAUCUCUUUUUGUGGAAUCGAACAUCCUCCAUCACGAAAAUGGCGGCCAAGAUAGCCCUGGCAAUUCCAUACAGAACGACAUUGAUAAUGACGAGGAUGAAUUGAGAGAAGCUGAGCAGGAAGAGGCUGCCUCCCCACCUGUAGUUACAAAGGCGCCGAGCAGAGGAAUAAAACGGAAGAAGGGGCCAACUGAGUUUGGAAAUGACACCGUGAAAGCGGCUAGUACUUCUGCUUCUAAAAGCAAGAGGGGACGGAAGCCAAAAGCCGCCCGGGAGGAGAUAAACGGCGCCAAUGAAGAUGAUCAAGAUUCAAGGCCAGCUAAGCGAACAAAAAAGGCAGCACCAAAUGAGCUUACAACCAAUUUGAAAAUGUCGAGCGAACAAGAAUCAGACCUAAAUCGAGUCAUCGGAAAUAUCACGAAGCGAGACGGGCCUCUCAAGAAACAGCGAAGCCUCCAUAUUUUAAGAAGGGAAUCUCCGUCCGAUGGAGCAGUACGACACACACGGUCCGGUCGCGUAUCAGUAAAGCCUCUGGCGUACUGGCGCAAUGAGAAAUGCGUAUACGGUACGGGUGAAGCUGAACCCGGCCAGCGAUUUCCCUUGUCCACGAUCAAAGAAAUCAUCAGAAUCGAUGAGCCCGAGCCAAUAUACACGAAAGCUAGUAAGAGGUCAAGUAAAAAGGCAAAGGCAAAAGCAAAGGCGAAAAGAAGCCGUGAAGAAUCGUCCGAUGAGGAGGAUUAUAUGGAACCUUGGGAAGUCGAUGAGGGUAUAUUCUACGGGCCCGUCAAAACGUGGGAUCACGAAUUGCAGACAGGGACCCAGGAAGAAGAAUUAAUGGAUGUCGCCUACGCUCCCUCGGCUAUCCAGACUCACGAAGUCAAAGGCUCAAGCUUCCGGUUUGCGAAAGUCCUCAGCACACCUUUCCUAGGCUCGGGUUUUGUAGAGAUGCCGCCGGGUGCGGCCAAAAAGCAGAAGAACUCGAAACGCAUGCAUAUGGUGUUUUUUGUGUAUCGUGGCAGGAUACGAGUCGAUGUAUCUGGCCUGGUGUUUAGCGCUGGGAAGGGGUGCGUUUUCCAAGUGCCGCGAGGUAAUAAUUACAGUUUUGCAAAUGAACACGACAGACCUGCUGCUAUCUUUUUCACCCAGGGUUGUAUACCGCUAGAUUCCGAUGGAAAUGUGGACACUGGGGCUCCAGCUCCACCUCUACCAGAUCCUGCUCAGCAAAUACAACCGGAAGAUCAACAUGAAGACCAACCGGAAGAACAAGGGGAAGAACAACCACAGGAACAGGGAGAGGGUCAGGAGCCAGAAGAGCAAAGCCAACAAGUAGAGACGGAAAAGAAAGGGAAGAAAGGGAAGAAGAAGAGGGGAAGACCAAAGCAGAAUGCUCAAUGA